AUGAGGCUGCUCUGUGUUCUGUACGCAAUUAGCCGGACUCUGGGGUUUGGUGCUGGAGAAGCAAUUACUUUGGGAUUGUUGAUACCUUUUGGAAAUAAUGGCGAUAUCGGCAGGCGGAUUGGUGGAGCAAUGAACCUGGCCGUGGAGAAGAUUAAUCAAAUGUCCUCGCUUUCUGCUGUACGGGACAUGGGUUAUAAUUUCAACUUUAUCUUUCGGGACAGUGCCUGCUCCGCGGGCAAGGGCAUGCUGAGUCUAGUUGAACUCUAUCACAAUUACAACGUUCAAGCCUUUAUUGGUGCCUACUGCGAUUCCGUCUGUGGUCCAGGUGGUCUGUUGUCUGCCGAACUUAAUUUACCUAUGAUCAGCUAUGGAUGUACCUCCACAGAGAUGUCCGAUAAGACCACCUACCCAAUGUUCGCCCGGACAGUCGCUCCCAUCACUAAGGCAUCCAUAUUUGUUGUUGACAUCCUCAAACAUUUUAACUGGACCCGCAUUUGUAUUCUUAGCGGCGAGCAACACCUCUGGCAUCUUGCCACCAGCAGUUUUAAGAAAGAUCUGGAGGCCAGCGGUAUCAGGGUGAAGAAUACAUAUCAGGUGGGCAUGUCGGAGAUGGGAAGCAGUUCAACAGUUGAGAGCGCUCUGCAAGCCACAAGGGAACAAACCAGGGUGUUCUUGCUUUGUCUGUACGGAAACAUGGUGGACAUAGUGAUGAAAACUGCUCAGACUCUGGGGAUGUUGAAUGGAGACUUUGUGUUUUUGUCACUGGAAGCCGAACUCUCUAAUCACGUGACCACAAAUACAAACACAGAAGGUCACGGUGGUCACGGAGAUCAUGCUUCUCACAGGCGAAAGAGAGAGGCCGACCUAGAGAAACUCUACCAAUCAAGACAAAAGAGAGAAAUGACGUCAUCAAAUAUGAACAUGUCAGAUGGCAUGGUGCCAAUGAACAUGUCACAUGGCACGUCGUCAAUGGAUAUGUCCCAUGACAUGACAACAGGGCAUACGUCCGGGAGGAUGAUGGUUCCAAAAGACAGCCACCUUACCGGUUAG